AUGUCUGACUACGAUCCAGAUAUUUCCAACGGCACCUGCUACUACAAAGAUGGUGGCCGCUUACCCUCUCGUUACAUACCAUGCGGUAACAAAGCCCUGGGCCAUAAGGUCUGUUGCGAAAGUCUUGACAUGUGUCUGUCCUCCAGGGCAUGCUACAAUGGCCAAUACGGCGUCACCUACCUCGCCGGUUGUACCGAUCCUGACUACCAAGAUGAGUCUUGCCCGGACAAAAGCCCAUACCAAGGUACGAUGAGUACCACUGUCAUCUUGACUUCUGUGCUAAUCCAUGUCAUAGACCAGAGCUGGGUAGGUUUAGUCCUUUGUCAUCCAACGUACAACGAUGAUAGCAACGAGUGGAUCGCAUGCGAGGAUGAAGGACUCACUGUCAGCAGUCCCGCGGCCUGCUCAUGCCCGAGCACCUCACGAACCGUUGCCUUUACCGAUUUUACUGCUCUCAAUAACAUCAUGUCAUUACCUGCUUCCCAUGGGGGAUCGGUCACCUGGAAGGAUUCGGCCGCAUAUUCCUCCGCACACACAGGUGCACCCACACCAUCACAAGGAAUUGAGAGCUCUGAUUCAACCACAACGACCUCAACAUUCAAGUCCGUCAGUUCCACGCCCACUUCUUCCUUCAUUGCCACCACGACUGUUGUCCUACCCUCACAAGAUGAGCCAUCCACACAAUCUUCCGGACCUGGUAAGGGAGCGAUCAUCGGUAUUUCGUUUGGUGUGUUUGCCCUCAUCAUCAUCACGAUCAUUAUCGCAUGGCUCGCUUGGAGAUGCUUGCGGCGUCGAAAGAAUGCCGAAAAAGAACCAGCCAUUGCGUCAGCAGGUGGUGGUCCUCCAUUGAUAGUACCCGAGAUGACGAGUCCCACGGCUUCCGAAUUGCCUGCCAACGAAAGCGCCGCAAUGUCGAGGAUGGGGAGCUACCGGAUUAACAGUGCUGAGAUGGAAGGUGACUCGAUAUACACCAUGUCUCCAACCCGACUCACAGCGGAUAGUGGACUACAGCGACCAGGACAUCGGAGCGCCUGUUACGAGUUGCCGGCUUGA